GGUAAAUCAGAUUUGAGACCCUUCCUAACUACAAAUGCAAGCCGCAAGAACCCAAUAAGAAUUUGUACGGGGCGGUCCUGACCUGAAGACUCGCUUUUCGCCGCCUCUCUGCUCUGGUCUAACCGUCUUAGAUGUUUCACUAAAAUCUCAGAGAGUGAGGGAGACGAAGUACGUAUAAGGACACCAUGAUAAAAGCCCAGAAAGCAGAAAUAACAAAACGAGAGAGAGAAGAGAGAGAGAGGGAGAGGCAGAUGGCGGAUAGUUCCGGUUACAAGGAGUACGUGGCAGGCUUGCUCGCCGGCGUUGCCACUGUUGCCAUUGGCCAUCCCUUUGACACCAUCAAGGUGAAGAUGCAAAAACACAAUACUGUAGCACAUGGGAUUACGUACAGGAAUAGUUUUCAUUGUACUGCGAGGAUACUAAAGACUGAAGGGAUUAAAGGACUUUACAGAGGUGCAACAUCAUCUUUUGUGGGGAUGGCUUUCGAGAGUUCACUUCUUUUUGGCAUGUAUUCACAAAUGAAACAGUCGCUGCAGGGAAGCGCACAAGGUGCAGGGCCACAGCUCCAAGUCAUAAUUCCAUCUGCAGCUUAUAGUGGAGCAAUCAUCAGUUUUAUAUUAUGCCCGUCGGAGCUGGUGAAGUGUAGGAUGCAAGUUCAAGGCACAGACUCUUUGGUCCCAAUGUCCAGAAGAUACGACAGUUCUCUCGAUUGUGCCCUUAAAACUGUAAAAAAUGAUGGGGUUAGAGGAAUUUUUCGAGGAGGUUUUACAACUUUGUUAAGAGAAUCUAUUGGAAAUGCAGUCUUCUUUAGCAUUUAUGAGCAUGUCCGCUAUCACAUGCAUUUACAUCUGAAAUCUGCUUCACCUGACCACAGAAACUUGAUUGAUGUGGGAGUUGGGAUUGCUAGUGGUGGCCUUGGUGGUAUAGCGUUUUGGUCUGCUGUUCUACCCUUGGAUGUGGCAAAAACCAUAAUUCAGACUGCUCCAGAUAAUAGUUCUUCAAGAAACCCAUUUCAAGUCUUGAGCUCGAUUUACAGAAGGGCUGGAUUGAAAGGAUGCUAUGUUGGCUUGGGUCCUACUAUCGUUCGGGCUUUUCCUGCUAAUGCAACGGCAAUUGUCGCCUGGGAGGUAGCUGUAAAGCUAUUAGGCAUCAAACGUGACUAAGGAUACCAAAUGCUUCUAACCUAUUUGUCAACUCCUGUUAAAUCCAGCCAAAUAAAAUUGUUCACUUGGACGAACUCUAGGGAGGUUACUAUAUGUUUCCACAAGAAAAUAUUAGAGAUUGGAGAGUUUUUGUUAGAGCCUUUUUUUGUAUUGCUCUUAUGUUUAGUUUAGUUGCGCUUGGUCGUAACAUAAGCACCAUAUGAAGAGUGCCCAAUUUUACUGAUGGUGGAAAAUUACUGCCGGAUUUCAAAUUAUUUGUAAUUUCUUUCAAACUAACAAUAAAUGAAAUAGAAGAGGGUAUGAACUUAGCUCGAUAGGUA